AUCCGGAGCAAUGGGCCAAAAUUCACCCAACUUACUGUGGGAAGCUUGUGGAAGGCUACCCAAAAUGUUUGACCCAAGUUAAACAAUUUAAAGGCCCUCUCUGGGGUAGGCGGGACACUUGCGUCCCACAUGGCCAAUAGCCAGGGAAAAUGCAGAGCGCCAAAUUCAAAUACAUUUCUAUAAAAAUCAAACUUUCAUUAAAUUAAAGCCUCCAUUUGUGACCCGAUUCAGCAAACUAGGCGUAUGUCACAAAUGUAUCAAAAUUAGUUUUUGGGCAGAAAUGCCUUCUCGAACAUGUGAACUUUUAUGUGCCUUAAUAUUAAACUUGUAUGCCAGCUGUAAAUACUAAUACAAUUGUUAAAUUACAAGCCUAGUUGGUUUAGCCACAGAAAAAGGGAGCAACUUUCCCGCUAGCCAUGAUUGGCUGAGAUAAUGAGUGGGCUGGAUAUGCUGAGAGAAGAGAUUGGUCUACCAUAUAGCACACGUCUGUCUAUUGGAGCAGGUUGGUAUGUUUAGGUAAUCGUGUCGAAUGCAGCUUUUUUUAUUGCGUGGUAAAACUGUAUAAACCUAAUGUCAAGUUAAAGUGUACUGUUCGCUAGCUAACGUUAUGUGUAUGCUCUCCACUUUCUGGAGGACCGAGUUUUGAAAUCAGUGGAAUUUGAGUAUGAUAGCUAAGGAGAUGGAGAAAACACCAGUCUGGACUACAUCAUCAAACAAAGGGCAACCAUGCAUGGUAUCAGACAGGAGGCAUGUCCAACCAUGCUGUAUACUGGUCUGUUGUUGUUCACCUUCCUCCACUACACACUGGCCUUCACCUCUGUGGUGCUGUUCUACAUCUACUACACCCAGCCUAAAGACUGCACCAAGCACAAGGUCUUCAUCAGCCUCAACCUCAUCUUCAGCGUCAUCAUCUCCAUCCUGCCCAAAGUACAGACCGUAAGUGUAACCCCAGCCUGCUAAGUUUGGUGUCAAAUGUCAGCUCCAGCGAGCCCACACCCACCAGUGCCCCAGGACAGGUGCAGUGGUGGGAUGCCCAGAGCAUUGUGGGUUUGGUCAUCUU